UUUCUCUACUCCCCUUGCUUCACCUGGGGUAUUCGUGCAUACUCUCCGGGCAAGAUUCAAAAUUCACCUGUGGCCAUGCGUGCCGACCGUCUGGACACUUUCUCAGCCAGAGGUCUGGCUGCUACCCAGUACAACUGUCAUCUUAUAAAGUUCCUGAACACGGUCACCCAUGAGUACGGCAAUUGGAG